UGUGGGGGAAUCGGAAACGAAGCUUGGUUGCUUAAAUUGUUGGCAUUGUGAGCACUAGCUAGGUGUAUGUGAUGGGUUACUGCUUCAAUUUGCGUUGUAUGGAGCGGUUGGGGCGUCGGUUUUGACUGUGUAGUUUUUAUAUUGUGAGAGAUGCCUCCUUCGCCAUCAUUGAGGUGCUCUCCGGGACGAGAGCCAAGAGCAAACCAUCACAGAAGGGGUCAAAGUUUUGAAAGUGGAGUGUUCUUGAAAGAGAAAGAUGAAGAUCUUGCCUUGUUCAACGAAAUGCAGACCCGAGAAAAAGAGGAUUUCUUGGUUCAGUCGUCAGAUGAUCUUGAAGUUAUAUUCUCUACAAAUAUGAGGCAAUUUUCGGAUGUGAAGCUUGGAAUCACCAUUCCGACACGUGGAGAGAGUAGCGACCUGUUUAAUGUGGAGGGGGAGAAAAAUGACUAUGAUUGGUUGGUAACACCUCCCGACACUCCUCUUUUUCCUUCCUUGGAUGAUGAACCACCACCAGUUAAUGCACCACAGAGGGGCAGACCUCGAAGUCAACCUAUUUCUAUAUCAAGAUCAUCCACGAUGGAGAAGAGUUACCGAAGCAGCAGGGGCAGUGCUAGUCCUAAUCGCUUAAGCCCAUCCCCUCGUUCGGGGAAUAGUACAAUCCAGUCAAGGGGACGGUCAUCACCGGUACGCCAUUCCAGUCCAACCCCAAGUCUACGUCCUGCUACUCCAUCACGGAGACCAUCUACUCCAUCACAGAGACCAUCUCCUCCUUCACAGAGACCAUCUACUCCCCCAAGUAAAUCCCCAACACCUCCUCCAAGGUCGUCUACCCCCACACCACGGAGGAUGAGCACUGGGUCCAGUAAUACUGGGGCUUCACCUGGGACGAGAGGAACUUCCCCAGCAAAGACAAGUCGGGGGAACUCUGCUUCACCAAAAAUAAGAGCAUGGCAAACAAAUAUUCCAGGCUUCUCCUGUGAUGCACCUCCCAAUCUUCGUACUUCUCUUGCUGAUCGACCGGCAACAUAUGUGAGGGGUUCCUCACCAGCAUCUAGAAACGGUAGGGACAAUUCCUCCAACUACAGAAGGCAAUCAAUGUCUCCAACUGCUUCUAGAAGUGUCAGUUCUUCUCAUAGUCAUGAUCGAGACCCAUUUAGUUCUCACAGCAAAGGUUCUAUAGCAUCUUCCGGUGAUGAUGAUCUAGACUCUCUACAAUCUCUUCCUGUGGGUAGUUUGGACCGAUCAACUUCAAUAAGAGUUGGUACUUUUUCAAACAACAGAGCUAUGGCCUUCUCCAAGAGACCAGCCAAAGUGGUGUCCUCAUCUUCUGCUCCAAAAAGAUCCUUUGAUUCUGCCCUUCGACAAAUGGAUCAACGGAAAGGUCCCCAGAAUAUGUUUCGGCCACUCUUAUCUAGUGUUCCCACUAGCACCUUCUAUGUUGGAACAGCAAACUCUGCGCAUCGUCCUCUGAUUUCCAGGAACUCCUCAGUCACAACUAGCAGCAAUGCGAGUACUGAUCUGGGUGCUAGUGUUGCACAUGAUACGGAAGGGAGUGAUCACAACCAGGAUGAUAUGGCCAGUGAAUCUGAGAAAGUGCCAUACUCUGAUGUUCAUGAAGAAAUUUUUGGCUUUGACAAGAUGGAUGUAGUAGAUGAAGACACCAAGCAUGACGUCCAUGAUGGCUCACGUGACAUUCAUCAUGGUGACUUCAAUGGAGGCACCAGUACAGUGGAGUGUGGAGCUGGUCACUCCGAAGAUUAUGGUCACCCCGAUAACAUCACAGAAGUCAGUCGAACCUCUGAAGAUUCUCAUGUUAAGGGUGAUUUUUCAGAAAUCAAUAGUCUCGAAGGCAUGGAACAUUGUCUUAAAUGUGGUCACAGGUAUUAUGUUUCUGAUGAGGUGGAACAGAACAUUAGAUUUUGUCCGGAGUGCAGGACAGAUAAACUUUUGACUGUCCUGAUUCCGGAGAUAACUGAAGUUCCUGAAAACUCCCCAGCUUUGUCUGUCGAAAUUGUGGAAGAACAAAAACCUUUGGAUGCAAAGGAAACCAUGGUGAUUGUGCCUGGAUCUCCCCAAGUUUCUGAUUUGGGAAUUCCAAACAAAUCCCAGGGUGAAGAGAACAUCGGUUCAGGCCAAACUAUUGACGGUGAGCAAAUCCCUAAUUAUUUACAAGAAGAGUCUCUUGUAAGACCAGUGGAGGAGGGAGUAGGGAAAGGGCUAGCCGACCAGCAAGAGGUGGGUGCACUAACUGUUGGUUGUAGCCAACCUAAUAGUGCGACCGUGAGUCAGAAUUUGCAUCAUUCUAACAAUUAUCCAAUUACAAGGGCUGACAUUUCAGAAGGUGCAGGCAUUUCCAUACUGCUGAAGAGGACAAGCAGUCCCAAGGGGGAUGUUAUUCAGGGCAGGACGUUAACAGCCACUAACAUACCUUACGAGGAUCUGUCAUAUGCUAGAGAUAGUUCAAACAGUAUGAGAAGCUCCAUUGGCCAUGCUAGUUUCUCUGCAUCAUCUUCAUUUGAUUUUGGCCCAGCUAGACAAACAGAGACUCGUGUGCAGCGACAGUUGAGUAGCAAGAAAUCAGACAUGGAUAGUUUCUCUGCAUCAUCUUCAGUUGAUUAUGGCUCAGCUAGACAAAUGGAGACUCGUGUGCAGCGACAGUUGAGCAGCAAGAAAUUAGACAUGGAGAACCACAGGCAUGACACAAACACAAGAACCCAAAGUGUUGGAUCAUCGGACAUGGAGAAUCACAGAAAUGACACAAACAUGAAACCCCAAGGCAUUGGAUCAUCAUCAUAUGGAGAUCCAAACCAUGCCUACCAAAUGUUAGGUCUUUUGUCGAACACACAUGAUGAUGAUGUUGAGGUUACUGUGGGAAAUGUGGAAUAUGAUGUCGCAGAGGUGGCUCCCAUAACAUCUCAAAAAUCCUUGCUAGCUUCAGAAUGUACAGAACCAGAUGUUACCGCUACAGCUUCUACCAGGACGACUGUAGUCAAGGAAGAUGAUACUGUGUUCAGUUCUACCAGUGGACGAUUUGAUGCUUCUACCACAGAAUUGUCGAAUCAUGCAGUUAGGACUCCAUUAGAGGAGAAUUGGGUAGCACCGGGUUGUGAAAAUUAUGCUUCAGAUGAGAAUGGUGAAGAAUUGCAAAACUAUGCAAGUAGUGCCACAGAUCCAGAAGUAUCAGUUGUAAAUCCAGACUCAUUCAAGGAGGAAAACACCACUCUCAACAGCAGUGUUGACGGAGUGGAUGCUGAAAAAAGUAAUCACAGUGCUCAAUGUUCAAUGAACAGUGAUGCUUCCAUUGAGUCAAAAAGCACGAUUGAGGAGUGUCAGGAGCCUUCAGUUCCAAUUCCUUCCGACAGUUAUAUGACACCUUCAGUUCCAGAGAACACCACCUCUAAUAAUGCAUAUGGCAUCUUAGAAGAGGAAUCAACAGUAAUGGUUGAGUAUCAAGGUCGAAGCAAGACGAGAAGCCUGACACUAGAAGAGGCAACAGAUACAAUACUCUUCUGCAGUUCCAUUGUCCACAAUCUGACCUACGAGGCUGCAGCCAUAGCAAUGGAAAAGGAAACCUCAGUCCCGUUAGAAGGUUUUCGGCCUACAGUUACAAUUUUGGGGAAAUCCAAUCCUGAGAGAAAGGAACCGCGGGGCAGAACUGUUAGUCGACGUUCUUUAAAACCUCAAAAGGGCAAGCCAAAGCAGUUGGAAACAGAUGCUGAGCUUCCUGCUAGUAAGACUGAGAACGAUGAGAAUGUUGACGAGUCUUUGCAACGGAAUGUAGGGCUUCCCAAGGUAGACAGCAUGAAGCCUCCAAAGCUGGAAUCCAAGUGCAACUGUACUAUAAUGUGAAAGUCUCCAUUCUAAUCCCACUUAAAGUUCCCGCUGUGCAUUUUGGCCACUUCCUUCAGCAGUUCAGUGCAGCCCAUAUUUAUGGAGAUGGUGCCGAGUACUUGUAUUUUACUUGUAUUUUGUGUUUGAAGGGGUUUGGGGGUACUUGCCAAAUGUUUUUAUCAGUUCCGAAUCUUCCGAUAUAUUUGUACUAAUCGUCGUGAAAACAAGGCGAUGUUUUCACGACGUAAUUGUAAAGUUUUCCUUUGUCAUUAGGUGCUGGUAGUGGUGUGAGGCAUCGGAGGUUUGUGGUAGCUCCGGCCUUGUUAGGGAAUCAGUAAGUUCGAUGUGGUUCAAUUCCUCCACUAGUGUGCGUGUGUGUGCGAGAACUCAAUUCAUUCAUAUUCAUUAUGAUUGUUUUAGAAUAUACCUUGAUUAUUAUUACUAGA